ACAAGUUCGUUCGUCUAGCAUUGAAAGAACGUUACAUCAGUUUCUCACGCGUCCCUCGUUCGUUUAACCCGGUAUAUGUCCGUUAUUCAGACGGUAAUGUUCGUGAAUAGAGCCCUCGGGAAUACGAUCAUUAUUGGUCGUAAAUCGCAACUUCUGGUAAAACGGUCGUACGUGCUACGUCACAAUUACGUCUACGUUUAUGAUCUACGACUGGUUAGUGAAACGGCCACCUGGGGUCCUUUGGAUCUCAUUGCAUCCGGCCGUAGGAUUGCUUUAAUUUUCUUUGAUGCAUGGGCCAUUACAAGGAAAACGUAUUUAAAACUUCAUUUGCGCUUUGAAUUUCCUUUCAGUUGUUUUCUACGUCAGGUAUAAGUUGUGUUACCAGAUGACGUGUAAAGGACGUUUUUAAAUCAUACAUUUGAAUGUAUUUGUCAUCAUGGAGUUCUUUUCACAUUAAUUGAAUUUUAUCCUUAUCAUAUACUGAAUUGAGGUGGUGAUUACGUCUAAUAAAAUCAACUGCAAUUUAGAAUAUAGAUGUACAAAUAAGGCGAAACCACAGAAGUUUUAUUGUUGCGCUGAUUGUGGACAUAUCUCAGAAUAGCUAUCAGCAAAAUUUACUUGCAACACAAAUUGUUGCCUGAGCAUCUAAUACAGACCUUUAAAUACUAGUAUAUGCAUUGUAUACGGUCACGGAUCUUUGCAUUUUUAUUUUCCGCUCAUGCAUGGACAACUAUGGAUUAUUUCAUUUAAUACCGGUAACUGCUAGAACAUGUUAGAGCCAUUCGGACACUUUUAUCGAAAGAAGGUUGUGUUUUGUCUUUCUUUUAACCCUUGUGAGAAAAAACUGGCUUCUGUAACGUCGUAGUAAGAUUUCUGUCGUAACUGGUUGCAUCAGAUGAUUGUACGUAGCGACGUAAAAGGUGAUAUACAAAGAAACUGACCACCCUAUCCUAUUCAUAUUGUCAUUCAGCCGUGUGCAUUAUUGAACAUCUGUGAAUUUAGUUCGUUUGCCUGUUGAUCGCCAAAGUUUACCUGUAUACCUUAUUUUCUUGUGAGCAUGCCGCUGCACAUAGACUAGCAACUUCAAGAUUAAGGAGGCUUGUUUGAUGUUCUUUACCUGGUCACCCUCCCACUGCGCCAGUUGGAAGACAACAAUGUCAGAGAAAGAAUAUUCUAAGGAGAAUAAAUUGACUUCAUCAUUUGGAUAAAUCAUAUUCCACUUCCCAAUAUGAUCCACAUCUUCUGUUAAUGAUGGCGGAAUAUUAUACACUGCCCGACCAAGGUUGGUCAUGGAUUGUGCUUCUGGCGUCCUUUGGAUCUCACUGCAUCCAUGGUUUCUUCCUGACGGCCGUAGGGUUGCUUCAACUUUCUCUACUGGACCAUUACAAGGAAAACGUAUUUAAAACUUCACUUGCCCUUUCGAUUUUCCUUGGAUUGUUUUCUACAUCGGGAAUACUGGCAAGUGUAAUAGUCAACAGGUGGAGUUGUCGAGUAUCCAUAAUGACAGGUGGACUCAUCGUGUCAAUAAGCCACGUUGUGACAGCUUUCAUACCGAACAUUACACUGGUCAUCAUCUCGCUGGGGAUAUUUGGCGGGAUUGGGAUAGGAAUGUGCUACGCGUCAUCCCUUGUUGUUGUUGGGUACAACUUUGAGAAGAAAAGAAAUAUUGCCAGCGGAUUAGCUGUCUCGGGGGCUGGUAUUGGGGCCUUUGCUUUAGCACCGUUAAUGCAAACAGCUAGUGACUAUUUCGGAUAUCAUGGAUUAUGGCUGAUGUGCGCAGGCCUGACUUUACAAUAUUGCUUGUUUGGUAGUUUGUGUUUUCCUUCAAAACUGGAAUUCGAUCGAAGAAUAGAACUAAAAAAUCUAACGAGGUCAGCGUCUGACAGUGACGUUAAUCGUAAACACAAAUUGAAAAGAUUGAGAGAAAUAUUUCGUGUUUCAUCACAAAGAACACUAAUUUGUGUUUACUUGUCCAUGCUUCUUUGUAACUUAGGAAUUUAUCUCCUAUUCCUCCAUUUCGGAAGUUAUGUGACUUCAGUUGGAUUCAGCAAGUUAGACGCAGCUUUUCUGUAUUCUAUAUGUGGAAUCUGUAAUUGCAUAUCUCGUAUUUUAGUUGGUUCUGCUGCCAAUGCCAGCAAUAUUGAUGAAUUCAUAAUGUUUGGAGGAACGUUUAGUCUAGCUGGAAUAUCAACGGCUCUCUUUCCAUUGUACGGACAGAGUUACAGUGGUCAAGUAAUUUAUAUGGUGAUGCUAGGAAUGUAUUCUGGUUGUUGCUAUGCCUUGCUGAACUCGAUAUGUGUUAAUCUUGCUGGAAUCGAACAUCUUGCAACAGUGUACGGCUUCAUUUUAUUUUUUACCGGAAUGGGUUGCUUUGUAGGACCUUUGCUUGGAGGCAUGAUUGUUGACUAUGGAGGAACUUAUGGACAAUCAAUAGCAGUGGCAGGUAUAUUAAUUUUUGUUGGUUCUCUGUUUGCUUGGGCCUCAGGAGCCGGUGAACGUCGUGGUUCCCACACCAAGGACACAGAAAAGACAAUACCUGAUCAGGAAAAUAAAUGUAGUAUCUUAGGUACAGAAAAAGAAGAACACUUAUUCAGAAACAAGAACACAGAUUACGUAAAAACUAAAACCGUUGACAGAGAUCAAGAAUUCCAAUGUUACGGUAGCGAGAAGCCCAACACGGAAGUUUCAGAAAUGGAAAAUCUCAGGAAAGUGACAGAAUUAGAAAUGCAUUCUUUAUUAUGAAAUACUAUUUGAUUGAUAUAGUUACAUGUUUUGAAAUAAAGAAUAUUCCUAAUUAUAAAACGAUAAAAUUUGCGAAUAUUUCGACAGUUUUGCAAAUAUUUAAAUAAACUGAAUGGCAAAAUUUA